AUGAGUGGAGACGAUGCCAAUGAUGAUCGAACGCUUGUAGCCGUUGCGAAUGAUUUACCAUCAACGAUGAAUCAAUUUGUUGGAUUUACAUCGAAAGAAGAAUCAGAUUUAAUACUGCAUAUACGUCGAACAGUUCUACAUUCAGAUGAAGAUUCAACUAAUGAUGCAAUAACAGCGUCAGCAUCGACGUUAUCACUAGCAAUACUUGAUUUCAAAGUUGAACGUGCUAAACAAAAACAUGCAGCUGAAAGUUUUGAAGAAGCUUUUUAUGAAUGUUGGAAAAUUCCUCAAGAACAACGACCACUUGAAAUAUGGAAAAUCGGUGGUGAAUGUUGUAAAAAGUUACGUGUUUUUGCUGUUGCACAACGUUGGUUUUCCGAAGCUAUUCAUGUUUGUCGUUCAAACAAUAGUGAUCUAAAUGUUAAACUUGAACAAGCACGGAUUGCUCGGUUUUUUAAUAAUUAUCUAGCGCAAUAUCCAAUGAUUGAUAUGCGUGUUGAUCAACGAGGCAAAGGUAUUUAUUCUAAGCGUGUGAUAUCACCAGGCGAAGACAUUUUUACCGACAUUCCUCUUGUUCAUGCACAAACAGUGGAUACUCUAUCAAUAUCACCAGCAUGCGCAACAUGUACAACAUCUUUACUAACUCCAGCUGUUUAUUUUGAAACCACAUGGUCACGCAUGCCAGAGAAAUUACAACGACAAAUAGAAGAAUAUUGGCCACCUAUUACACUUGUGCCAUGUUCUUUUUGUCCAUUUGAAUUAUAUUGUUCAGAAACAUGUCGUCAACAAGCAUGGGAUAGUUAUCAUAAGAUUUUAUGUCCAUCAGCAAAUCCUGAAACUAUGGAACUUUUUCAGUUUUGUGCUAAUAGACAAAUAAUUGUACGUGGAACGUGGAAUUCAAUUUUUUCACCAAUGAUUUUAGCUAAAUUAAUAGCAAUGAUUGUUCUUCAUGUUGUUAAUUCUGUUCAAAGUAAGUAA